AUGGGUGAGACCGUUUCCGAUAAUCAAAUAAUGAUGAAAAUUCUCUUAACAUUACCUCCUACUGACAGACAUUUUGUAACAGCCUGGGAAUCAACAGCACAGGCCGAGAGAACCUUGACAAAUAUGGUUGCUCGACUGACAAUGGAGGAGACACGGCUAGGUAACCCUGUAUCAACGUCAGAAGCUAGUGGAGCUUUAGUUGCCAAAGGAGGAGGAUACUACAAAUUUCAAAAGCCCAAGAGGAAAGGAAAGUUCAACUACUGUGGGAUCGCAGGACAUUGGAAGAAAGAGUGCCGCGUCAAAGCGAGAGACAUGAAAGGGUCUGGCAAGGACGAGAACCCUAGAAGGAGGAAUCAGGAAAAUGCUCUCAUCGACGACAUGCUGCACACAUCGGUUGACAACAAAAAGACACAAAAUAGAUGGUGUCUUGAUUCUGCAGCAACAAGUCACAUGAGUGGUAAUAAGCACUGGUUCACAGACUUGGUAAGUCUCAAAAUUAAACUACCGAUUAGAAUAGGAGACGGUAAAAUAAUAUACGCUAUUACUAAAGGCAACAUUAAUAUGAAAGCAUUCAACGGUGAAACCUGGAGAGAUGAAUAUUUGGAGGAUGUAUUGUUUGUUCCAAAACUAAAGUGUAAUCUUUUCUCUUUGAGCUCCACCACCGACAAAGGACACAGGAUGUCCACAGAUGAAAACAGUUGCAGAUUCACAAACAGUGAGAGCACCGUAGCAGUUGGCGAACGAAUUUGA